GAUGAGGAGACGAUCAAGCUUGAAGGACUCUCAGCUGAACAAGUCAAAGAAAUGCAUGCGAAAGCUGAAAAACAUGAGUUCCAGGCUGAGGUGAACCGUAUGAUGAAGCUGAUCAUCAACUCUCUCUACCGUAACAAGGAAAUCUUCCUUCGAGAACUCAUCUCCAACGCUGCUGAUGCUCUAGACAAAAUCCGAUUAAUCUCUUUGACGGAUCCCAGUGCACUCCAGACCAACGAAGAUAUGGGUAUAAGGAUUAAGGCUGACCGGGAAAACAGACUUCUUCACAUCACUGAUUCUGGUAUCGGAAUGACCAAGGAAGAGCUCAUGAAUAAUCUGGGAACUAUCGCCCGAUCAGGUACAGCAGAAUUUUUGACGAAGCUGAUGGAUAGUUCGACGUCAGCGGACGUUCAACAGGAACUCAUCGGACAAUUCGGUGUUGGUUUCUACUCAGCUUUCCUAGUAGCUGACCGCGUAGUGGUUACCACAAAGAGCAACGAUGAUGAGCAGUACAUCUGGGAGUCUGAUUCCGGCUCUUUCACAAUCGUAAAAGAUCCUCGUGGACCUACCUUGAAGCGUGGAAGCACCAAAUCCAGCUCUCCACAUGAUGAGGAGGAAGAAAGGCCCGACAUGAUUUCCUCUGGAGCCUGA